AUGGUCUCCAGCAAUAUGCUUUCGCGUAAAUUUUGUGAGGACCCAUCUUGGAACAGGCUGCAGGGAUACACGUCGCUGCUGUUCGGGGUGAACAAGACGAACGACUACAUCGACAUCUCAAGGAACCUGUUUGAGUUCAACCUAUCGAGGGUGGAGCUGAGCCAGAGCAUUAUGUGGCUGGACAUUAACCCUAACAAGAUUGAUGGGGCGAUGCCGGAGGCGAUGAAGGAUCUGCUGCUGCAGUUCUCGGACUUGAGCUACAACAGGUUGUGUGGGGAGAUUCCGGUGGGAGAGCGGUCGUAG